AACGAAGUGGAUAUCUACAUCAUUACAAGCCCCUCUUAGCCUUCCUUUUGACACGUUGUCUCAAUAUUGAACAGUGUAAAAAGCCUGCCAGCAUGGUUACGUCUACUACAUCCCCAUCAACGACCGAGAGGCUGAAGGCCAAGCACCUGGACCUGCCUUUCUUCAAGCCUAAGUCCCUAUCGACUCACCCGCUCUAUAAGGAUUUCGGAAUCGAAUUCCUUCCCGGUGAGUGUAAGCUCCUGCCUGCCGGGCAUCUCAAAGCCCCUGGCCGUAAGAUGAUGCAGGUAGAUACAAUGUUGGAAUAUGAUGUGGCUGUUCCAAUGCGAGACAACAUCAAGGUGUAUGUCGAUAUUUUCCGACCCGCAAAUUCAGAACAAGAGCCUGUUCCAGCUAUCAUGGCCUGGAGCCCUUACGGGAAACGUGGCUCUCCAUGGAACCUGGAUAUGCUUCCCUUCCGAUUGGGUGUUCAUCUUGAUGAGACCUCCGGCUAUGAGGCUUGGGAAGCUCCCGAUCCCGCGGAUUGGUGCAAACGUGGCUACGCCGUGGUAAAUUGCGAUUCACGUGGAGCUGGGAAUUCCGAAGGCACGCAGUUCUGGUGGGGCACUCAGGACGCGGAGGAUAUUUACGACACUAUUGACUUCCUCUCCAAGCAGCCGUGGUGCAAUGGUGCGGUUACCAUGGCCGGCAACUCCUACCUGGCUAAGUGUCAACUUACUUAUGCAUCUCGAUUCACCCACCCGGCUUGCAAAUGCAUUGCACCUUGGGAAAGUCUGACAGAUGUUUACCGGGAGCUUUUUCAUAGAGGAGGUAUGCUGACAAACAUGGAUUUUUAUCCUGGACUUAUAGAGGCCGCUUGUGGUAAUCAAGAAACCGAGAAUAUGUAUGAAUAUUCCCGGAAUCACGAGUUUUUUGACGAUUACUGGAAUGAUAAGGCCGAGCGAGUCGAGGAUAUUGACACGCCGAUGUAUAUUGUGGCAUCAUACAGCAAUCCCUUCCACGUGAAUGGCUCUUUUGAUACUUUUCGCCGAGCUGGAACGAAGCAAAAGUGGCUGAGAGUCCACAAUUCUUUUGAAUGGUGGGAUCUUUACCAGAAGCGAACAAACGAUGAUCUACAGAGAUUUUAUGACCGCUUUUGUAAAGGAAUCAUGAAUGGCUGGGAGCAUGAUACGCCUCCGCUACGCCUUACACUACUUGGAAUGAAUACUCUGCCUGAUAUAGUCGACAGGCCCGAGAAAGAAUAUCCCUUGGCUAGACAGCAGUUAAAAAAACUUUAUCUCGAUGCUUCCAAGAAGACCCUGGUCCCUUUGCAGCCGCCAGUAACAGCCAAGACAGCUCAUGAGAGUCAUAGUUUAGAUGCUUCAUCAGACUUCAUCUUCAAAUUUACUGAGUACACUGAGAUUGCAGGGUACUCAAAGGUUCGCCUAUGGGUAUCUUGCAAUGAGAAGGAUGAUUUGGAUGUUGUUGUACAGAUUUGCAAAAUCGAUAAAGCCGGAAAUCUACUGAUGCAGCGUACAUUUCCUGCCCCGGUCGUGGAUAGUGAAAUCCCUUUCACCAAUCACCUGAAAGUGACAGGUUCCCAAGGAUUUCUCCGAGCAUCCCAUCAGGUCUCCCGGGAUGAGAAGAGAACUAGUCCGGACGGACAACAAAUUUUCUAUACGCAUGACCGUGCAGAGAAGAUUACGCCGGGGAGCAUCGUGCCAUUGGAUAUUACGAUAUGGCCUAUGGGCAUGGUAUUUCAAGGUGGUGAAGGCAUUAAGUUGAGGAUCUCUGGCCAUAGCAUGAAUGGGCUCGCCUUCAAGGUCGCCCAGGUGCCAGAUGAUGUCAAUGUUGGACAACAUGUCGUUCACACUGGGGGCCCGUAUGAUUCUCAUCUGAUAGUGCCCAUCAUUUCAGGUCCUCGGCCUUGAAGUCCUAUCCUAUGGGACUCCGCCUACUCUACAAUAACGUAAUCGGACACCGAACUGGCCGCCGCCGCCUCCUUUUCCCUACCAAAACAACGCGUACACCAACCAUUAGAUCACCAUUUAAAUCAUCAUUUGAAGCUAUAUAACGCGGGUUUUGUUUUUAU